AUGCCGCUCUGUGCUGACGACUUUUACUGCCACCAGUUCCAACCCAACACCUUUGACCCCUCCCGCUGUGGUUUGUGCUUGCGCCCGGGACACAUGCACCUGAACAGUACCUCACAGGACAACCAUGACUUCCUGUCGGAGGUGACCAGAUACAGUGAUGUCACAAGGAGCGUCUGGACCUAUCAGGAGAGCCUAACUCACACUCCGAGCCCUGACUGGGAACUCAAUAUCUGUGACUCUGACACGGUACAUAGCAGUCAGGAGGACCAGUGGGACUUCCUGCCAGACCCAGGGAGGAGUGGCUCUAGCAGCCCAGCAGGGUGCUGUCUGACGGGGCCAGAGAUGACUCGGGUGGACCCCUCUCCCCACAGAUCACCACACAGCUCACUGAUGGAGGAGAAGAGAGGCCGGGAGAGGUUCAGGCGACCCUCAGGAUCAAGAGGAGAAAGUGGCUACUUCUCUCCGGACAGGAAAGCCUUAUUUGAUGGUGGUCCCCAGGCUCAGGUGGAGGGUGUAUCCAAACGGCCUUACCGGCACUAUGAGAGGGGCCAUCCGCUCCCCAACAACCACAGCCCAGAACCCAAAGCCUCCAUCCCCUACCGGAACGUGAAUCUUGGAAUUCCCUCCCAGAGGAGAAGCGAUGAAACGUUCCAGCAGGAGACCUGGAGGAGCGAGUCUCCGCAGAGAUACACCUAUCAUUCCAACUUCAGACGUGGUGGCACCGAUUCUCAAGAUCAGUCUCCCAGCCCUCGUUCCCCAUGCCCAAACCGGUAUAAACUUGCUGAAUCUCGAUCUGCCUCCUCCCAACGUAGAAGCUCCCACUCCAAAAGUCACGCUCCUUCUCACGCUCCGUCUCACUCAUCUCCCUCCUCGUCUCGCCAUCCGUCAGGACGGUCCAGUCCCUCUCACAGACGAGGGUCUGUCGUGUGUCACCACCCCUCCCCGUCUCGAAACACGGCCUCCUACAAACAUACUGACUCCUCCCAUGUAAGAAAUGUUAAAACAGAGCAUUACACCAAUGGGCGUGAUCAAGAUUCAAGGGAUUCAAGAGAGUCAAGAGAUUCAAGAGAUUCAAGAGAGCCAAGAGAGUCAAGAGGGUCAAGAGAGCCAGGAGGAUCAAGAGAGUCAAGGGAGCCAAGGGAGCCAAGAGAGUCAAGAGAGUCAAGAGAGUCACGAGAGUCACGAGAGUCAAGAGGAUCAAGAGAGCCAAGAGAGUCACGAGAGUCACGAGAGUCAAGAGGAUCAAGAGAGCCAAGAGAGUCAAGAGAGUCAAGAGAUUCAAGAGAGUCAAGAGAGCCAAGAGGAUCAAGAGAGCCAAGAGAGUCAAGAGAGUCAAGACGUCCCUCCCACAACUCAAACAGUCACAGUUUGGACUCUGAAAAACUGUACAAAAAUCUUGACUCCAUCUCUCGACGUGACCCUCCAGCCUUGCAGCCAAACUCCCACGAAGGAUCUCGAAGCCCCCGGCUCAGAACAGAUAAAAACCCUUCCCCAACCACUCGCAGUCGUGAUAGUCGUGAAUGCUCUCCCCCUAUAAGUGGCUAUGGUACACACAGCCAUUCACCCCAAAGAGAAACCAAGCAUAGCGACACCAGACCUGACACAGCACAGAGCUACUCAAGGAGACCAGAGAGGGUAGCUAGAGAGGAACGGACAGAGAUGCACCCCCCUAAAACCAACCCCAGCCUCCCUCCAGGCUCCUGGCGUGGCUCCUCCCACUCCCUUCUAAGCCCUGCCCUCUCUUGUAGCUCCUCCCCACCACGACUAGGCAUCGACUCCCAGCUGCUUGCCAAUUCGUUGAAACCCUACGCUGCGACCAUGGAAAUGAAUGACAGGCCAAUCAGUGACAGGAGCAAGAGUAAUAUAAGGCGGGGCCUGGAGUACCUGUUGACCCGAGAGGAGCCCAAGAGAACCGCCUCAGUGGACUCCCAGGGGAUGACCAUAGAUGACUACGUCAUUCUGGCCGACAUCCCCAGACUGGACCUGGGGUCAGAGGGAGAGGGGGCAGAGGUGCUACUGGGCCCGAGGAGGAGGACCCAGAGCCCCAGCCCACGUAGAGACCAGAGGCACAGGACACCCAGGUAUGUAGAGGAAUCUGAUAGCUGCAGUACGAGGGUUGAGUCUGAUGAGAGAGGGAGAGGCAGAGAGAGGGGGAGAGACAGGAGGGAGAAAGAGAAGGAGAAAUAUUGCGACUCAGAGGACGGACGACUGUCCCAAACCCAGUCCACAACUGAUCUUCAGCCACAGAGGUCAGACAAUCAAACUAGAAAGGGCCUCAGAUCUUCUAAACCACGGCAGAAAGUUCUACCUGAAAAUACUCAAACACAGUCUGACCAAAAGGGCUGGAUGUCAAAACUGGAUGAAUAUGGGGAGUGGAGGAGACACUGGUUUGUGUUGAGGGACGCUGCACUAAGUUUCUACAUGGACUCUGAGGCUGAGGAGUCAGAUGACCUGGAUGGAGAGAUAGACCUGAUGUCCUGUAUGAACGUCCAAGACUUUGACGUGGAGAAGAACUAUGGAUUACAGAUACAUACAAAGAAAGCAGUGUUCACUCUGUCAGCCUCGACCUCCAGGAUCAGGAGGAAGUGGGUUAAUGUGCUGAGACGGACUAUCCAACCCAGACACUCUUCAGACAUCACACCACGGUCAGACAGUGAAAGAGAAAACGCUCAGCCUGUGACGUCUCGCCAGCCUCCCUCUGUGCUCACCUGUGAAGACUCCGACCCUCAAACCACUAACUCCACCUCCAACCUUUGUCAAAUGGACUCUUUGGCCCCGGAUCUAGAUGACACCUCCCCCAACAUGUCAUCAGACAGUCAGAGAGAGGCAGGAGAGGGCUGGGACAGAGAGCAAGCCAAGCGAUUGGAGGAGAGGAACAGAUGGUUUGAGGGGGGGAUCCCCUUCAGAGAGAUGGGCAGCAGAUGGGACUCUCUGGAUCUGAAGAAAGCCAGCGUACCUGUACCUGUCACUCACACCAUGGACGUGGACGUCAACAAUAAGUGGGUGGAGUUCGAGAGUCUAACAUUCAGGGAGAUGAGCGCGCUGUCUCUGAUUGGUGCACAGACUAAUCAGACCAAUCAGACGAUUCCUAAUCAGACGAUUCAGACGACCAGUGCAACGGCCCUACAGAGGGAGGCGCUAUCACUCAGGCAGCAGGUGGAGUGUCUGCGUAAGGAGCGUGUGGAGAUGGGGAUGGAGGUGGAGGUGGACAGUCUGUGUGGACCCUGGGCCCCCUGCGGCCAGCGUCUGGAGGCCAUGGAGGCGGCCCACCGCAGGGCCCUGAUGGAGCUCCAGGAGAGCCAAGCCAGGGAGGUCCAAGAGCUGCAGAGACAGAGAGAGAGAAUGCUGCAGGAUGAGAGCCAGGCCACGGCACAAGCAGUUGAGGCCCUGAAGGAGGCUCACAGGGAGGAGCUGGAGAGGGAGGUGGAGAAAGCCAGAAGGAUGACUGAAGGGGGUGGCCAUAUGGAUACUACAUACAGAGGACAGACGCCCCAGGCUGAUGCCCUCCACAGUGAGUUGGACGUUCUGUCAGAGAGAUAUUCCCAGAAGUGCCUGGAGCUGAACCGGGCCGAGCAGAGAGGAGUUAGAGAAACAGAGCUGAGCUGGAAGGACAGAGAGAUGGAACAGCUCCGCAGAGAGAACCAGGAACUGCAGGCUCGUCUGACUGAGGAGAUCAGCCGCAUGCGCCACUUCAUCACAGGUCAGAGGUCAGGAAAUGUCUCCCCUGGCAACUGUGAGCGCAGUCCCUCGGAAUUGGAAAUGCUGCUACGAGCAAAGGAGAUUGAGGCCGAGUACCUACAAAAAGAGAUUGGCCGUCUAAGGAAUGAAGUGCAGUCUCUAACUAAGGAGAAGCAGAGUUUGUGUGACCGCUUCAAGGAGGGGUAUGUGGAGCUGAUUGGGAUGAAGGGUCGCAGUGAGCUGGAGAUCAGGGAACUCAGGGAGCACCUCAGACUGGCUAAUGCAGUGCUGCAUGAGGGGAGAAGAGACACCUGAGACUAGCCAACGCAGCACUGCAGGAAGGGGGGAGACACCUCAGACUGGCUAAUGCAGCGCUGCAGGAGGGGAGACAAGACACCUGAGACUGGCCAACGCAGCGCUGCAGGAAGAGAUAGAGUUGGUGGAUGGA